AAGAAGCGUGUUUUAACGUUUGCAAGUUGUAAGCAGUGAACGUUAGAAGCAGUUCACAUGCUAGACGUUUGGCAUACUAACUGCGUGACAUGUAGCUGGCCAUUUGCUACUUCUACUUUAUUUCAUUUGAAAUGGCUGAAAGGGAAACUUCAACACGGAGAGGAUUUCUCGACUUCAGUCCUGUAAAGCGAAUCGCCGCUAACAAGGAGAACGAUGUUCCAGUUUUGGUUUUGACCCUGUUUUCAAAAGCUCCUUUUGUGAUAUUUGGAACCGUUAAGUUGGGCACCUCCAAAUCGGCUGUUCUGCGUAUUGAGAACCCUACAGAGGAAUCGGAAGCUGAAGUUACUAUUGAAAAGAUCCCCUCAAGUAAAGGUUUUUCUGUGGACCGCCACAAGUUCACCAUUCAGCCCGAGGACUCUAUCAGUUUGACAGUAACCUGGACUCCAACAGAAGAAGGUAGAAUAAGAGAGCUCAUCGUCUUUAAUGCCAAUGGGUUCCUCAAAAACCAGGCUGUACUGCUGGGGAGAGCAGAAGCCCCAAAAAAGAAAAAGAAGAGCUUAUGGGACACAAUCAAAAAAGAUGGUGAAAAAGUAGCCGCACCCAGGAGAGAGAAAACCAAACAGCCACUGAAGAUGGCCGCCAAUAAAACCUUCCAUGUGUCUCGAAAGCCACAGUACAAACGGGAUAAGCCACGCAGCCCUCUUGCAUCUCUAAAUGAGGGCAAAACUGUCAGGGAGAGGUCCCUCUCUAAUCUCACUCCCAUGGACGAUUACUCUCAGAAAUCAGAGGAGCAGAAGACCAUGCAAUGGCCCCUGGGCUUGUCGGACCAGGAGAAUAUCCAUCGUGUUCAGAGGAACUCUCCUCUUGUCCUACUCGUCCCAGCCGGAAUGCUGAUGGACUCUGGCAACAUAUCUGCUAGCCCAGAUGUGUUGGUGGGCAAACCUGAAAACAAAGAUCUUACCAAAAUCCUCAACAGGACGCUGUCACCUAUUGGGACACCAGAGUUAUUUAGGAAGCUCAUACCAAAUAUUCAGUCAGACAGCCCCCUUUCUGCUACUCCAAAUUCUGUGACUGGUGCCAACAGUUGCUUAACUGGAUCCCCUGUUCCCUCUUUGAAAGACGCACUGGCCCUCAUUGACUCUGAUCUGAGCCGCAUGAACACCAGUCUUCGAGACACUAGUUCGAGCUGUGGCUUUUCCGAUUCACUGGACUCCAAGAGUGAGACUCAUGGUUGUGGAGCUGACAGAAAUGUCCUUGCAGUAUUACCUGAUAGCCCACAUGGGUCCGAGUCCAAUGAGCCCAGGCUUACUUUCUUUGUCAGCAAAAAGGUUGAUAAUGCUACGGAGAGGGGCAAAAAGGCCUCUUUUACCUCUGCCACGAUAACCAAGAGCAAAGCACCAAUAGAGGAGAACCUUUCGAGUGGAAGGAAAAUAAAGAAGUCGAGGCGAAGGCUCUUAGAGAAAACCCUUGAGCUGUCUGACGGUCAGUGUGACUCUGCACCAGGCACGCCAAACCUUCCUGUCAUAGACUCCGAGACAGACACCAAGGGAUGGCAAAACUCUGAGACUGCCAGCUCCCCGUGUGAUGACAAACCUUCAGCCCAGGAGUUCACCUCCUCCAGCCUCAUUCCACAGCCUACACCCAUCACCUUUCCCAUCACCUCCCCUCCGUCUAUGACCCCAUCCCGUUUCUCUUUCUCAGCCACUUCCGCAGCCCCCGCUUCCAUCUGUUGUACAGUCACCUCUCUGUCGCCCCUGUGCUCAUCUUCUCCCCUUCACCACAACCUCACACCACGCACGUUGUCUCCAACUGUUUCGGUACCGCCGGUCGUUCAGGACGAGUCAUUUCCCAUUCAAAUGGCAUUGAAGAGGAAGAGUGAGGAGUAUUUGAAAAGCUACGCAAAGAUCGAGGCGAUUGGGAAAGCUGAGCGUGUCAAAAGGAGCAGGGUGGUAGCUGGAAAAACGGAGCCCCCGAGAUCAGUCCAGGAGAGAAGUGCAUCACAGAGGCAGAGAACUGCAGUUUCCUCCCCAGGCUCAGUGCGAUCAAUGACUACAUCGUCUCUAAAGAAGGUGAGGUCUGUGGUUCCUGCGCAGGCAAAGCAAUUGAGUGCCAGACGCUCCUCACGAGGUGUCCAGGCUCGGAAGUCCUCUGGUAUUUCAUCCAUGAAGACUGUAAAAGUUAUUGCUGUAGCGCAGGCGACGCUGAACUUUAUUACGCCAGCGCAAACGGCCAUACCGAGACACCCGAUGCCGUUUGCCGCCAAGAACAUGUUCUAUGACGAGAGGUGGAUUGAGAAGCAGGAGCGGGGAUUCACAUGGUGGAUCAACUACGUCCUCACCCCAGAUGACUUUAAAGUCAACACUGAAGUCACUAAAGUAAAUGCUGUGUCCCUUGCAAUGGGCAGCGAUGACAAGUACAGCGUGCCUAAAGCUCCCACCAAAGAGGAGAUGUCUUUCAGCACCUACACGGCGCGACGGAAGCUAAACCGCCUCCGUCGUUCUGCCUGCCAACUGUUCACUUCUGAGUCCAUGGUCAAGGCUAUUCAGAAGCUGGAACUGGAGGUGGAGGCCAAGAGGCUGCUCGUCCGGAAAGACCGCCAUCUUUGGAAGGACAUAGGUGAACGGCGGAAAGUCCUCGACUGGCUUCUUUCAUACAAUCCGCUGUGGUUACGGAUUGGGCUCGAGACGAUCUUCGGGGAGUUGAUCUCACUGGAGAGCAACAGCGACGCCUUGGGUCUGGCUAUGUUCAUCCUCCAGCGGCUGCUCUGGAACCCAGACAUCGCUGCGCAGUUCAGACACGCCAAAGUGCCUAACCUUUACAAAGAAGGCCACGAGGAGGCGCUGUCUCGCUUUACUCUGAAGAAGCUGCUCCUGCUCGUGUGUUUCCUGGACAAAGCCAAAGAGUCCCGGCUGAUUGAGCACAACCCCUGUCUGUUCUGCUUGGACGCAGAGUUCAAGAUGAGUAAAGACCUGCUCCUGGCCUUCUCCAGGGACUUUCUGAGCGGAGAGGGGAUCCUCCCCCGCCACCUCGGCUACUUGGGGUUACCUGUCUCUCACGUUCAGACGCCCCUGGACGAGUUCAACUUCGCUGUAAAGAAUUUGGCAGUAGACUUGAAAUGCGGCAUUCGUCUAGUGCGUGUGAUGGAGCUCCUCAUCCAGGACUGGAGUUUGUCGGCCAAGCUCCGUCUGCCAGCCAUCAGCCGCCUGCAGAAGAUCCACAACGUCGACAUGGCUUUGCAAGUGCUCAAAAACAAAGGGGUCGACCUCAAAGAUGAUCGCGGCUCCAACAUUGAUUCCAGAGACAUUGUGGAUGCACACAGAGAGAAGACACUGAGCCUCUUGUGGAAAAUCAUCUUCACGUUUCACGUGGAGGUGGUUUUGGAUGAGGAUCAGCUGAGGGAGGAAAUUGGCUUCUUGAAGAGAUCCUGGAGGACCAAACGGAGGCUGGCGUCUCUGAGGGCCGACCGGGGGCUUCAGCUGAGUCCUGCAAAGACCAGGCUGCCGUAUGAACACAGCAGCACUAAGAUCACCCUGCUGAUGGACUGGGUCCGCGCUGUGUGUGACUUCUACAGUCUAAAGGUGGAGAACUUCACCGUGACGUUCUCGGAUGGCCGCGUCCUCUGCUACCUUAUCCACCACUACCACCCCAGUCUCCUGCCAGAGAGGGCUGUCAGUCACAGCACCACUCAGACUGUCGAGUGCUCACUGAGGGGUCGCCUGGAGCUCAACUGCUCAGCCAGCGACUCCGACAACUCCUUUGACUCCUCGCAGACGGGCCUGAACGGCCCAGCGUCUGCGUCAGUGGAGUUCAAAGAGUUACUGGAGAAUGAGAAAAAUAACUUCAGGCAGGUCAACACAGCUGUGUCGUUCCUGGGUGGAGUUCCUGCCAUGAUCAACCCCGCUGACAUGUCCAACACCAUCCCCAAUGAGAAGGUCGUGGUGUCUUACCUGUCCUUCCUAUGUGCUCGUCUUCUGGACCUGCGGAACGAAACCAGAGCAGCUCGAGUCAUACAGGCUGCCUGGAGGAAAUACAGCUUAAAGAAAGAUCUGCAGCUCUACAAGGAAAGAAACAUGGCUGCUGUGAAAAUCCAGUUAGUUGUGAGGAGUUUUCUGCAGAAGCGCAGAGCUAAGAGGCAGAAUCAAGCUGCCGUUGUCAUCCAGUCAGUCUGGAGGGGUUAUGUAGCCUGCAACAGGCUGAGGCUUAAAAAACGGGCUCAACUUCGGGCUCUGCAGCAUGAAGCAGCAACUGUUAUCCAGGCUCAAUGGAGGAUGUUUUCAACCAUGAGGGCUUACCAACUCCUCAGAUACUACACCAUUGUUGUCCAAGCACAAUGGCGAAUGAGAAGGGCAGCCUCUGCUUAUGGGAGAAUCUACUGGGCGGCAAUUGUCAUUCAGAAGCACUCUCGAGCAUUGGUUCUCGCAAGAAAAGAUCGGGAACAUUAUCUAUCCCUCAGAUCUGCAGUGGUGAAAAUACAGAGAAGGUACAGAAGAUGGAAAACUCAGAAAACGGUAAAGGAAAAUGGGCAUCAGGCCGCCAGUGUUAUCCAGAGAGCUUACAGAGCCCACUGUGAACACCAGCAGUAUCAGACCUUAAAAUCCUCCGUUCUCACAGUUCAGCGGAGGUAUCGGGCCACUGUAGCAGCAAAGGAGCAGAUGAAACGAUACCAAAACAUGCGCAAUACUGCUGUUGUCCUCCAGGCAGCAUACAGGGGGUGGCAGGUCAGACAGGAAGUUGCUCGUUGGCAUCAGGCUGCAACUGUGAUCCAGUUUGCAUUCAGAAAGCACAGAGAGGAAGUCAAAUUCCAGGCCAUGUGUCUGUCUGCCAUUAUCAUCCAGAGAUUCUAUCGCUCCUGUAUUCUUCAGAGGCAAGAAAGGGAAAAGUUCCUGAAAAUGAAGCAAUCCACUAUCACCCUUCAGGCAGCAGUCAGAGGCUGGUGUGUCAGGAGUGACAUAAAUCGACGAAAUGAAGCUGCCAUUGUGAUCCAAGCGUGCUGGAGAUGCUCCGUGCAGAAGCGUAUCUUCCAGAGGAAGCAGGAGACAGCUGUGAGACUUCAGCGGAGGUAUCGGGCCACUGUAGCAGCAAAGGAGCAGAUGAAACGAUACCAAAACAUGCGCAACACUGCUGUUGUCCUCCAGGCAGCAUACAGAGGCCAGCAGAUCAGACAGGAAGUUGCUCGUUGGCAUGAGGCUGCAACUGUGAUCCAGUCUGCAUUCAGAAAGCACAGAGAGGAAGUCAAAUUCCAGGCCAUGCGUCUGUCUGCCAUUAUCAUCCAAAGAUUCUAUCGCUGCUGUAUUCUUCAGAGGCAAGAAAGGGAAAAGUUCCUGAAAGCGAGACAUGCUGCCAUCGUUCUUCAGGCUGCUUUCAGAGGUCAUCGUGUGCGAAGCAGCGUUGCCAAGAUGCACAGGGCUGCUGCUGUCAUUCAAGCAAACUUCAAGAGGCAUAAACAGCAGUCAGCCUUCAGGAAACAACGCUGGGCAGCCUGUGUCUUACAGCAGAGGUUUAGAGCUCAAAAACAGAGAAACAUUGAAGUGAAACAUUAUCAGGAGGUGAGGAAAGCUGUCCUUAAUCUACAAGCUGCCUUCCGUGGACUGAAAUCCAGAAGAAUCCUCAGACAAAGGCAUCAGGCUGCCGGUGUUAUCCAGAGAGCUUACAGAGCCCACUGUGAACACCAGCAGUAUCAGACCAUAAAAUCCUCUGUUCUCACCGUUCAGCGGAGGUAUCGGGCCACUGUAGCAGCAAAGGAGCAGAUGAAACUAUACCAAAACAUGCGCAACACUGCUGUUGUCCUCCAGGCAGCAUAUAGGGGGUGGCAGGUCAGACAGGAAGUUGCUCGUUGGCAUGAGGCUGCAACUGUGAUCCAAUCUGCAUUCAGAAAGCACAGAGAGGAAGUCAAAUUCCAGGCCAUGCGUCUGUCUGCCAUUAUCAUCCAGAGAUUCUACCGCUCCUGUAUUCUUCAGAGGCAAGAAAGGAAAAAGUUCCUGAAAAUGAAGCAAUCCACAGUCACCCUUCAGGCCGCUUUCAGAGGUCAUCGUGUGCGAAGCAGCGUUGCCAAGAUGCACAGGGCUGCUGCCGUCAUUCAAGCAAACUUCAAGAGGCAUAAACAGCAGUCAGCCUUCAGGAAACAACGCUGGGCAGCCUGUGUCUUACAGCAGAGGUUUAGAGCUCAAAGACAGAGAAACAUUGAGGUGAAACAUUAUCAGGAGGUGAGGAAAGCUGUCCUUAAUCUACAAGCUGCCUUCCGUGGACUGAAAUCCAGAAGAAUCCUCAGACAAAGGCAUCAGGCUGCCGGUGUUAUCCAAAGAGCUUACAGAGCCCACUGUGAACACCAGCAGUAUCAGACCUUAAAAUCCUCUGUUCUCACCGUUCAGCGGAGGUAUCGGGCCACUGUAGCAGCAAAGGAGCAGAUGAAACUAUACCAAAACAUGCGCAACACUGCUGUUGUCCUCCAGGCAGCAUAUAGGGGGUGGCAGGUCAGACAGGAAGUUACUCGUUGGCAUGAGGCUGCAACUGUGAUCCAAUCUGCAUUCAGAAAGCACAGAGAGGAAGUCAAAUUCCAGGCCAUGCGUCUGUCUGCCAUUAUCAUCCAGAGAUUCUAUCGCUUCUGUAUUCUUCAAAGGCAAGAAAGGGAAAAGUUCCUGAAAGCGAGACAUGCUGCCAUCGUUCUUCAGGCUGCUUUCAGAGGUCAUCGUGUGCGAAGCAGCGUUGCCAAGAUGCACAGGGCUGCUGCUGUCAUUCAAGCAAACUUCAAGAGGCAUAAACAGCAGUCAGCCUUCAGGAAACAACACUGGGCAGCAUGUGUCUUACAGCAGAGGUUUAGAGCUCAAAAACAGAGAAACAUUGAAGUGAAACAUUAUCAGCAGCACCGAAAAGCAGCCAUGAUGUUACAGGCUGCAUAUCGUGGAAUGAAAUUAAGGCAGAGCAUCAAACACAGGCAUCAGGCUGCCAGUGUUAUCCAGAGAGUUUACAGAGCCCACUGUGAACACCAGCAGUAUCAGACCUUAAAAUCCUCCGUUCUCACAGUUCAGCGGAGGUAUCGGGCCACUGUAGCAGCAAAGGAGCAGAUGAAACGAUACCAAAACAUGUGCAACACUGCUGUUGUCCUCCAGGCAGCAUACAGGGGGUGGCAGGUCAGACAGGAAGUUGCUCGUUGGCAUCAGGCUGCAACUGUGAUCCAAUCUGCAUUCAGAAAGCACAGAGAGGAAGUCAAAUUCCAGGCCAUGCGUCUGUCUGCCAUUAUCAUCCAAAGAUUCUAUCGCUCCUGUAUUCUUCAGAGGCAAGAAAGGGAAAAGUUCCUGAAAGCGAGACAUGCUGCCAUCGUUCUUCAGGCUGCUUUCAGAGGUCAUCGUGUGCGAAGCAGCGUUGCCAAGAUGCAAAGGGCUGCUGCUGUCAUUCAAGCAAACUUCAAGAGGCAUAAACAGCAGUCAGCCUUCAGGAAACAACACUGGGCAGCAUGUGUCUUACAGCAGAGGUUUAGAGCUCAAAAACAGAGAAACAUUGAAGUGAAACAUUAUCAGCAGCACCGAAAAGCAGCCAUGAUGUUACAGGCUGCAUAUCGUGGAAUGAAAUUAAGGCAGAGCAUCAAACACAGGCAUCAGGCUGCCAGUGUUAUCCAGAGAGUUUACAGAGCCCACUGUGAACACCAGCAGUAUCAGACCUUAAAAUCCUCCGUUCUCACAGUUCAGCGGAGGUAUCGGGCCACUGUAGCAGCAAAGGAGCAGAUGAAACGAUACCAAAACAUGUGCAACACUGCUGUUGUCCUCCAGGCAGCAUACAGGGGGUGGCAGGUCAGACAGGAAGUUGCUCGUUGGCAUCAGGCUGCAACUGUGAUCCAAUCUGCAUUCAGAAAGCACAGAGAGGAAGUCAAAUUCCAGGCCAUGCGUCUGUCUGCCAUUAUCAUCCAAAGAUUCUAUCGCUGCUGUAUUCUUCAGAGGCAAGAAAGGGAAAAGUUCCUGAAAGCGAGACAUGCUGCCAUCGUUCUUCAGGCUGCUUUCAGAGGUCAUCGUGUGCGAAGCAGCGUUGCCAAGAUGCAAAGGGCUGCUGCUGUCAUUCAAGCAAACUUCAAGAGGCAUAAACAGCAGUCAGCCUUCAGGAAACAACGCUGUGCAGCCUGUGUCUUACAGCAGAGGUUUAGAGCUCAAAGACAGAGAAACCUUGAGGUGAAACAUUAUCAGGAGGUGAGGAAAGCUGUCCUUAAUCUACAAGCUGCCUUCCGUGGACUGAAAUCCAGAAGAAUCCUCAGACAAAGGUAUCAGGCUGCCAGUGUUAUCCAGAGAGCUUACAGAGCCCACUGUGAACACCAGCAGUAUCGGACCUUAAAAUCCUCUGUUCUCACCGUUCAGCGGAGGUAUCGGGCCACUGUAGCAGCAAAGGAACAAAGGCAAACCUAUCGAACGAUACGCAGUGCUGCAGUUGUCCUCCAGGCAGCAUACAGAGGCCAGCAGGUCAGACAGGAAGUUGCUCGUUGGCAUGAGGCUGCAACUGUGAUCCAGUCUGCAUUCAGAAAGCACAGAGAGGAAGUCAAAUUCCAGGCCAUGCGUCUGUCUGCCAUUAUCAUCCAGAGAUUUUACCGCUCCUGUAUUCUUCAGAGGCAAGAAAGGAAAAAGUUCCUGAAAAUGAAGCAAUCCACAGUCACCCUUCAGGCCGCUUUCAGAGGUCAUCGUGUGCGAAGCAGCGUUGCCAAGAUGCACAGGGCUGCUGCCGUCAUUCAAGCAAACUUCAAGAGGCAUAAACAGCAGUCAGCCUUCAGGAAACAACGCUGGGCAGCAUGUGUCUUACAGCAGAGGUUUAGAGCUCAAAGACAGAGAAACAUUGAAGUGAAACAUUAUCAGGAGGUGAGGAAAGCUGUCCUUAAUCUACAAGCUGCCUUCCGUGGACUGAAAUCCAGAAGAAUCCUCAGACAAAGGCAUCAGGCUGCCAGUGUUAUCCAGAGAGCUUACAGAGGCUUCUCCGAACGCAAGCAAUAUCUGAAAUUGAAAUUCUCUGUCCUUACUAUUCAGCGACAAUAUCGGGCUGCUGUUGCAGCUAAAGCACAAAGAACACAAUUCCUGGAAAUGUGGAACGCAGCCAUCAUCGUUCAGGCAGCAUACAGAGGCAGACGCGUCAGACAGGAGGUUGCUCGUUGGCAUGACACUGCAACUGUGAUCCAGUCUGCAUUCAGAAAGCACAGAGAGGAAGUCAAAUUCCAGGCCAUGCUUCGGUCUGCCAUUAUCAUCCAGAGAUCCUAUCGCUCCUAUAUUCUUCAGAGGCUAGAAAGGGAAACGUUCCUGAAAAUGAAGCAAUCCACUAUCACCCUUCAGGCAGCAGUCAGAGGCUGGUGUGUCAGGAGGGACAUGAGUCGACGAAAUGAAGCUGCAAUUGUGAUCCAAACGUGCUGGAGAUGCUCCGUGCAGAAGCGUAUCUUCCAGAGGAAGCGGGAGACAGCUGUGAGACUUCAGCGGAGGGUCCGGGCGGUGCUGCUCGGCAGGUUGGAGAGGAACGACUACACCCAAAUGAGGAAAGCUGCCAUCACACUUCAGACACACUGCAGAGCCUGGAUUGCAAGACGACAGGUACUAGAGAGAGCCAAGGAAGAGAGGAGACUCCGUUUUUCGUCGGCAGUCUUCCACCAUCUCAGCGCCAUGAAGAUCCAACGUGCUCUGAGAGCCCACUGGGCUUUGGAGUCGGCCAAAAGACAAAUCCAUUCUGUCAUCACCAUUCAGCGAUGGGUGAAGGGGAGACAGCAAAGGAGGAGUCACCUGGACUACCGGAGGAAGGUGGUUGUAGCUCAGAGAGCGGUCAGGCGCUGGCUAGCUCGUCGCCACAAGGCUGCAUCAGUCAUCCAGCAGAAUGUCCGAAGAUUCCUCCUCCUCAGGCGGCAGAAGAGGGUUGAGCAGGGCAUUGUCAAAGCUCAGGCUCUCUGGAGAGGACACCUCUCCCGUCGGCUGAAUGACUAUGCCAAGGUGGUGAAGUUGAGACACCGCCUACGCAAAGUGUCUGCCGGCGUCCGAGAGGAGGACAAGCUGUGCAACAAGACGUCGUCUGCCCUGGACUACCUCCUUCGAUACAAACACUUCUCCUACAUCCUGGAGGCCCUGAGAAACCUCGAGACCGCCACCAGACUUUCCCCAGAGUGCUGUGAGCGGCUGGUGGAGAGCGGAGCCACCAACGUCAUCUUCACACUCAUCCGCUGCUGCAACAGGAGCGUCCCCUGCAUGGACAUCAUCACCUACUCCAUCCAGAUCCUCCUGAACCUCUCCAAGUACCACAAGACCAUCGAGGCGGUGUAUUCGGUGGAAAACUCUGUGGAGACGCUGCUGGACCUGCUGCAGAGAUACCGGGAGAAGGCAGGGGAUAAAGUGGCAGAAAAGGGCGGGAGCAUCUUUACCAAGGCCUGCUUCCUUCUUGCUCUUCUACUCCAAGAGAAGCACCGUGUUGUGGAGGUUAUGAAGCUUCCUAAGUUGUUGGAUAGGAUACACAGUAUUUACCGCCUCACUGCUCGCAAACAAAAGAUGGACGCAGAAAGAACUGUCUUGAAACAGAAGAUAAACGCAUCAAUCAACGGGAGCUUCUUCCUUCAAGCAACGCCUCGUAAAUCCCGCCCCGUGCCAAAAUUUGCACCGGAUUGGGUUCUCAGAAAGGACAAGUUGAAAGAUAUUGUGGACCCUCUCAGGGCCAUUCAGAUGGUGGCAAACACACUCUCCAUUGUGUUGUAAAUAGACUUGUUAAGCUUUUUAAAUCUUGAUUCAUCUCAUUCUUGUGCUUCAGAAAAUGUAUAUAUUUUUUACUAUCGCAUUUCCAUGUUUUCCAUGUAUAUUAAAAUAAGUUUGUUUCUUGAACACGGAACAGUUUCAUGUAUCUUAUCUAACGUGUUUACAUGGUUUUACUUUGUUCAAAAUGAGGCUGAUCAGGUGUGUGUGAGUCAAACAUGUAAUCUGGAUCAUAAGAUCUGAAUUUAGUUCACCCCUCUCCCUUCCUCGUGUGUGUGUGUGUGUGUGUGUGUGUGUGUGUGCCCUUCGCGAAGUACAGGGGAGGCGGGAAUGUGAAUGGCAAAAAAAAGGUAAUACAAAUUUUUAUUUUUAUUUUUAUUAUUGCUUUAUCUAAAAACUAUUUUGUAGCAAACUGUGUACACAUGUAUGUAUAUGUGUGUUCAUUAAAGUUAUCUUUUGGA